AUGGCGGAUUCUGUGUGUAUGUGCGCUGAUCUGAGGACGUGCACGGAGACGCAAUACGAGGAUGCAGCGCCAACGGCGACAACAGACAGAGUGUGCCGCGCGCGCUCUGAGCUGCACACCUUCCGCGUGUGGAUGAAUGCGAGCUACGUGGAGUAUGCGCUUGCCUCGCCAUCCCACGAACUGGAAUCGGCGCUCGAGUCCACCUUGCGGGAGCGCGUGGCGGCUGUGCGCGGAUACGUCGAAGUUGUGCUGGAAGAAAAUUCCGUUCUCGCUGAAGACCGGACAGUUGCCAAUGUGUCCGCGCGCUCCGUGGCCGCACGUGCCCAGGUGGAGGCGCUGGGCGAGUUUGAGGUUGAGGUUCAAGGCACAGCCAUCCUCUCUGUGCUGUACACGGAGGACGAGGCCAUUGCGGCGGCAAAGCAGGCGUACCUGGCAGCCCUCGGGGAUGGGGAGGCGGCUGCCCGCGCUGCUGCGGAACAGGCAUACGAGAACGCACACGGCAUGCGCAACUUCACCACCGCCUGGCGUCGUUUGUGA